CAUCAAAAAAGUGAGACAACGAAUUUCUUAUGAUUCAUAUCAACGCUUUGUCGAAUAAUUCCUACACAAUACGCGUUCUCCUGCAUUACAUCAUAAGUAAAACCGGACAAGGAACUCAAUAAGAACGUCACGAAUUAAUAUACGUAUUUACUCUGGAUCGCGGGUGUUUACAUUUCUCGCAAACCAUCACCUUGCUUAGUAUCGUCCGGUGACGAAAAGUACGUGUAUCGAGCACGGGACCAUAUCUUAUAACUAGACGUAAAUUGGCUUCACUUUAGAAGAUUAGCCAGAAGUUUUGUGCCAUGGAGAGAAUUUGCUGUAUGGGCCUAACGUUGGCCAGUAGAAUAAUUGGAAUGAUUGGCUUGACAUCUUCCAUUCUUCUGAUAAAUGUUCUGGUCAGUGAUUUCUUUAGUAACCAAGAAGAAAACUUUUUUGCGUCCGCUAUCGACUCUUGGAUAUUAUUCGGAUUGAAUUGGACCCAACUAGUAAAGAAUUCCGAGUUCAACAGACCAACUGACUCCAUUUUGUUGUGUUUUCUUAUAUACUCCUUGGCUUUCCUAUGUGCGAGUGGAUUGCUCAUCUUAGGAUCGAUUUACAAAAAAAGAUUUUACGCGAUGCCUUGGCUCUUCCUGGAACUUAUCAGUAUUACAGAUCAAUUUGUAGCACUUAUUGUACUAUUGACACAGGACAUUGAUAGUGAACUUUUUGAUAGUUAUCCCUGGUAUACACCACUCUCCAGUUUAUGUUUGCUAAUAAGCGUAUACUUUUGGAUGACGGUGUACAACGCUCAAAAAGAAUGGUAUUUGAAUUCAAUCAAUUCAAGAUGGAACAGUGAUCCCAAUUGCAUCUCCACAGUAACGGUAAUCAAUACGCCAAAGACGCCAUCGGUUCUAGCACAAAAUUUUUCAUUAUUCGAAUCGCCAUUGCCACCUGUGCUGCCAAAAUACGAUGAGCUCUGAAACGAGCAGUUCCUACAAUAUUAGGUACAGGUAAACAAAAGAAUGAGAAUGUUUCGAUUUCAUUUAACAAUUCAGAGUAUUAAUAUCGCAUUUAUUUGUAAUAAUUAUAUUUUAGAUCUGACAAUAUAAUUCAUCGAGCCAAUUAAGUAUUGUAUUCAUAUCUAUUAGUUUAUGUGAAAGCCAAAUAAAGAAAGUAUUUCUGUAUGA